CCCUCCUUCUGACAUAAGGUACUAGGGCUCAGACGAUGUGUUAAGAUUUCACUCGGAACAGACAGCAUUUUGUGUUGUUUACAUUCUUCUUGCCCGUCAUCAUCUUGGCGAAAGGGCCGUGCGUUUCUUCCUUAAACCUCGUCAGUGACAAGUGAGUAGGUGAAGGCAGUGCAGAAGGACCUUCCUUCCAGAAGAUCUGGUCGAUCUGGUUGCAGCAGCCCCACACAGUCCAACUGCACACACUUAGAUGGCUUCAUCCCUGCUCAGCCGUCAGCUGGCCCUGACCCUCCAAAACAACCUGCGCCUCGCUGCCCCUGGCUGCAGAUAUGUCAGUAAAACCGCCACAAAGUCAGAGUUGGACUUUGACUACGAUGGCCCCUCAAUGAAGACAGAGGUCCCGGGGCCAAGGUCCAAUGAGCUGCUCAAACAACUGGGAGAAAUCCAGAAUGUGGGAGCCAUCAACUUCUUCUGCAACUACGAUGAGAGUCGCGGGAACUACCUGGUGGAUGUGGACGGAAACCGCAUGCUGGACGUCUACACACAGAUCUCCUCCAUCCCCAUCGGUUACAACCACCCGGCCCUGAUGAAAGUGAUGGCUAACCCACACAAUCUGAGCUCAUUUGUAAACCGGCCGGCUCUUGGUAUCCUGCCACCCGAGAACUUUCCCGAGAAGCUGAACGAGAGCCUUCUGUCCGUGGCCCCCAGUGGUAUGACUCGUGUCCAGACGAUGGCAUGUGGAUCCUGCUCCAAUGAGAACGCCUACAAGGCCAUGUUCAUCGCAUACAGGAAUAAACAGAGAGGGCACAACAACCCAUCAGAUGAGGACGUCUCGAGCUGCAUGAUCAACAAGACUCCGGGCUGUCCUGACCUGAGCAUUCUGUCCUUCAUGGGAGGCUUCCAUGGUAGAACUAUGGGUUGCCUGGCGACCACACAUUCCAAAGCCAUUCACAAGCUGGACGUUCCGUCGUUCGACUGGCCCAUCGCCCCCUUCCCCAAGCUGAAGUACCCCCUGGAGGAGUUUGUCCGCGAGAACGCAGAGGAGGAGGCACGCUGCCUGGAGGAGGUGGAGGACCUGAUUGAGAAGUGGAAGCAUAAGGGCAUGCCAGUGGCUGGCGUCGUGAUCGAGCCCAUCCAAGCAGAGGGCGGCGACAACCACGCAUCACCUGACUUCUUCCUCAAGCUCAGGGACAUCACACGCAAGCAUGGCGCUGCGUUCCACGUGGAUGAGGUGCAGACGGGUGGGGGUGCCACGGGGAAAUUCUGGGCCCAUGAGCACUGGGGCUCAGACGACCCGGCUGACAUCGUGUCCUUCAGCAAGAAGCUGCUGACCGGGGGCUACUACCACAAGGACGAACUGCAGGCUGACAAGGCGUACCGUAUCUUCAACACGUGGAUGGGAGACCCGUCCAAGAAUCUCUUCCUGUCCGAGGUGCUCAAUGUCAUCCGCAGAGAGAACCUGCUGGAUCAAGUGACACUCUCAGGGAAGACCCUGAUGCAGGGACUCUACGCACUGCAGGCACAGUACCCUCACCUGUUGAGCCGGGCCCGUGGCCAGGGAACCUUCUGUGCCAUCGACAUCAAAGACGACGCCACCCGCAAUGCCAUCAUCAUGAAGACCAGGAACAAGGGUGUUAUCCUGGGUGGCUGUGGGGACCGGUCGAUCCGUUUCCGUCCAGCCCUGAUCUUCAAGGAGUACCACGUCCACCUGUUCCUCAACAUCUUCAACGACGUGCUGCAGGAGGUCUAACCAGAGAACGAGGGAUAGAGAGAGAGGGAGGGAUGCAUGAAGUUAAGGGGGGAUAGGGAGAAGUAGGGAGAGGGAAAGUGUUGUGGGACAUCUAAUCAUUGUAGGAGGGAUGGGCGGGAGAGAUGGAGCGAGGGAAGAACCGAUGAUCAAGGGAGGGAUAGAGGGAGGAGUGAAAGAAGGAUGAAUGGGAAGUGGGGGGAGGAGGGGUGUUUGUAGUGCUGCAGGGUGGCUCUGAUCAGAGGUGUCCGUCCAGGGUUCAGAAACUACUGCACCAUUCCAUAUUUACCUUCUCACACAGGUGACUUCACUGAGUACCUUCCUGUGUGUGUGUGUGUGUGUGUGUGUGUGUGUGUGUGUGCGUGCGUGCGUGCGUGCGUGCGUGCGUGCGUGUACACUCGUGCAUGCCUGUCUCGUGUCUUGACAGCUCAUUACAAUCAGCUGAUUCUGGGCUGGAUGGAUCAAAUUUGUGGCCAUUUAUUUUUCACUUUCUGAAACCUGGCCUUGACACCUCUGGUCCAGAAUGAGGGUGGGGUUAGGGGGUGUGACUUACCUGAACGAGGACGGAGUUGGGGGUGGGGCUUACCUGCAUUAGCACAAAGAGGUCCAACCCACAGUGGGGCGUUCUUUCUAUCGCUGUAUCAUAAAUCACACCCACCCAAAACCCAGCAUAGCCCUUGACGUCUUUCAUCUCUCUCUCAGCCUAUCUCUUUCUUCCUUCCUUGUUUUUUUUUUCAAUCCUUCUUUUCUCAUUUUCUGUCCUCUGUGGCUGACUUGGUGUUAGACAAAUACAGAAUGCCGUCCACUUUACGCCCAGAAAACCGCACAAUUAAUAGGAGAGCUGUGGUGGAUAAAGAUGUCUUUUCAAAACUCCUAUUUCCCUUACAUCUGGGUAGGAAAAAAAACAGCACAAGAUGUAUAUUUUGAAUAUCUACUUUUUGUUUGUUCGCUGCAAAUAUUUGGUUUUAUAACUGAUAACCUUAGUACCUACAGCAACAUAGUAUUGCCUUUAGCCAAAGGCUGUAGAUUGCUAACUCUUUAGCUUCAGCACAAAACAUACCUGGCUGAGGUCAACACUAUGACCUUUCGCUUCUAAUUUCACAAUAGAGAAGGAGAGAGGAAUAUAAAGAAAUGAAGGAAAGAGAGAGGGGAAAGGAGUUAAAAAAAGAUGUGAUUAGCUUUUCUGAGCCCAUAUAUUGCUGCUUGAGUGAGUGCAGAGAACAUUCUGGUCCAACGCAAUGCGAAGGCUCUGUAAAUCCUCACAAAACGGCAGGUGUGUGUGUGUGUGUGUGUGUGUGUGUGUGUGUGUGUGUGUGUGUGUGUGUGUGUGUGUGUGUGUGUGUGUGUGUGUGUGUGUGUGUGUGUGUGUGUGUGUGUUCAUGUGCAGGCACUGGGCAUUAUUGAGAAGGCAUUAGCUUUGGCAGUGGUUAUCAUAUCCGGUGAGGGAUGGGGACAGAGUUUUGGGAAACGUAUCAAUAUGUUCCCUCUGUGGGAUGAGCAUAAUACGGAAGCUCACACAGCGCCACUGAAAGAUUAGAGGGUUUUAGACGAAUCAUGGAACAUGUAGUUCAAAAGGCACAACUGGGGUUGUGAUCAUGCUUGUAUGACUGUCCUCCAAUUGAACAAAAAGAAAGAAAAUUGAAGAAAAUUGCAUCCCCAAAAUGUACUAUUCCCCAUAUUUCUUUGGUCACAAAUUCAGUUGUUUUAGUUUUAGCAGUUGUACUUGUGAUCUACGUCCAUGCUAGUAUACAGUACUACAGGUCUAGAUGUGAUGGUCAUGGCUUGCAGGUGUUGUGCCAAGCUGCAGAGGGGGGUACUACAUGAUCCCCUCUGCUAGUCGUCAAUCAGGGAGUGCACAGGGUAGUAGAGAGGCAAUAUUUCACCACAGUGAUUCUACGUUUGUAGAAAAGCUGAAUACGUUUUGUUUUUGGAUUGGGUUUUUUUUUUUUUUUGCUUGUCUUGAGCAGAUUUUAUGAUUGCAAUGGCAUUAGAUUAGUAGCAAUGAAGCAUGUUUUUGGAAAGACUGUUUGAAAUCGCAAGUGGACAGAUAGAAUUGCAAAAGUAUGGACUGAAUUUAAUAUUUUGAUUCUCUAUUCAUGCCCCCCCCUUUUAUAUGAUUCCACUCUGCGUAACUAAUUGUUGUUUCCAUUUCUAAGUGCCCAUUUCUACGCUGACCCCAUUCUAUACCAUUGUGUACAAAACUAGCUGUGCAUCACUGAUGUUGUGGUGCACUUGUUGUUCUAGAAUAAGUUGCGGAAUAUACCCAGUAUAUAUGUAUGUACAGUGUACUGCUCCAAAACAUGUCAUGCACAGUUCCCAGUGACCAUCAGCCACUGCAUAUUCGCAUGGGGAUCUUACAGUGAGUCUCUGUCCGUGUGCAGUGCAUGCUAUUAGCCAUGUUGCUUCUUUUUAUUAUUCGUUUGUUUUGUUGCUCUUGAAUGCCUCCUUCAGUGUUCUGUAAAUUGUCGUGGCCAGGUGGAAUGCUCAGUAGACGUUGCUUUAGCCUACGGGAGUCGGUGCUCUAGAUCUGUCCCGAGUCCGAAAAGCUCACUCGUACACUACUUAGGGCCCUCCGUACGUAGGGCGCGAGUUGCAUUGUGUUAUUGACUACAUAGUGCACCUUAUAGUGGACAUAGUAGGGUUCUGCCCAUAUGUUGGCUAAGGCCUAACUAGGUUGUGGCAAACUCCAUUGCAAUAGCUGGAGUUUGGCGCCACCUAGUGGUGCACGUCUUUUAAUGUCUAAUUAAAGAGGAGAGAAAUCUGUAUUGUAUAGAGAUUUUGUGAUUUAUAUGUUAACAGAUUAAAAUGAAAUUAUUAUGAAUAACAGCAUUGCAUAUGUUUGUUUACAAUGUUAUGUGAACUUAAGAGUCAUAAUUAUUGAUGUAAUUAUUUGAAAUAGUUCCAGGUAUUGUCGUCUUAAGAAUGUCUCCAUGUUCUCUUGAGAGGAAUAAAUCUUUAUGAAAUUUUGAAUAAUC